AUGCGACCGCUCUGGCCUAUCGCAUGGCUAGUCUUCUCCGCUGGGGUUUGCAACGCUACCAAAGGCAGCAACAGCAACAGCAAAAGCAGCGCUGCGCUCCGGUCAUGCGCGAUUCGGGCCCUCGGCUCAACCGCCCAUCUCCGUGUUGUUGACCCCUCCUGCAACACGUAUACGGAUGCAAGAAUGGGCGAGCAGGUCCAAUUCAAGCACUUCCCGGCCCUUGUUGCUUUUGCUGAAAAGGCCUCCGAGAUCCCACUACUCGUCCGGUGUGCCAGAGAUACAGCGCACAAGGCCGUGCCCCGUAGUGGUGGACAUCAUUUCGAAAGCUGGUCGGCCUUGAAUGACACUCUCGUCAUUGACCUUAGCCACAUCGACCAUGUCCAUGUCUCUUCCGACCGUAGCAUGGCGACGGUAGGAGGGGGGAUCCGACUGGGCGCCCUGUAUACGGCGCUCGGUGCGCACAAUAGGACCUUCAACGGGGGGAUAUGCCCAACGGUCGGUCUGUCUGGCUUCCUCAGCUCCGGUGGGUUCACCAACCAGAUGCGUUCCGCGGCUGGUUUGGGCGUGGAUCAUGUCGUCUCUGCUACCGUCGUCACCGCCACCGGCCACACUGUGACGGCGUCCAAGGAAUCUCACCCAGAUCUGUUCUAUGCCCUCCGCGGCGGCGGUGGUGGCACCUACGGCAUCGUCGUCGAGUGGACUCUGCGCCUCGUAACCUACCCCUUAUCGGCCAUGGUAUUCAUGAACUGGACGGAUCCGUCGACUCAUGAGGACGUGUCUCGGCGCUACCUCGAGUGGUCGCCUAGUGCUCCAGCCGACUUUACUUCUAACCUGAACAUAUACCCCACCACCAUCCAGCUCAUGGGCUGGUAUCUCGGCAGGUCAAAGCAGGAGCUUGAAGAUUUGAUGGCGACCUCUGGACUGCUCGACAUGGGCCAUCCAAAUAUCACCAUCGGCGGCGACUGCAGUACGGAUAAUUCCCGACUCCACGGCUAUUUCGUCACCGACUGUGUACCUGACGAAGAGCUGCGGAACUUUCGGCCGAUUCUCAACACGAUCCAGCAGUCAUUUGUUCAAUGGGAAAACUAUCCACGCUUUUCAUACAACCAGACGGCAAAGAAUCCGAGUCUGCCAAUUGCGCCGCCUUGGAAACGAUAUCGUCGACAAGCCAAAUCCUUCUUCAUUUUGAAAGACAAGCCGCUCAAGCCUUCGCUGUUGCGAAAAGUCAUCUCGCACAUAGGCAAGCUGACACCGGAAUCUCGUGGCUGGGCAGAGUGGCAGGCUUGGAACCUAUCAUCGGCGCACACGGAUUCAGCCUUUGCGUGGAAGGAAAAGGCGCUCGCUCAUCUUGAGUUUCAGUUGCACGGUUCAGCGGAUCCCAAGAUCCAAGCCACAUACGACCAGUGGAUGGCAGACCUGGAAGACCUUUUGCGACCUGCAGUCGGUUCAAUGUGCCAGUCCUGCGUCGUACGCCGGGGAGAUGGACUCGAGCAUCUCAACGGAACCCUUGGCAUCCUACUAUGGAGACAAUGUCUGCAGGUUGAUCGGCAUUAA